UCAAUGGGAAGUGCACGCCAAGGUGGAAAAGCGAAUACUGUCUAGCUAACUUCCAUUUACAACAUGGGUUCUACGUCGAUUCCGUGUUUGUGGAUUACAUUUUUCCUUCAUUUAUGUUGUUUGAUGAACACUGGAAAAGCGCAGAAUGCGAAAGAAGUGAUUCUGUUGGAUUCCAAGGCACAGCAGACAGAGCUGGAGUGGAUAUCUUCUCCUCCUGGUGGGUGGGAAGAGAUCAGCGGGUUGGAUGAAAACUACACCCCCAUUCGCACAUACCAGGUUUGUCAGGUCAUGGAGCCCAAUCAGAAUAACUGGCUUCGGACUAGCUGGAUAGAGAAGGGCGAUGCCCAGAGGAUUUUUGUGGAACUGAAGUUCACGUUGAGGGAUUGUAACAGUCUACCCGGUGUGGUGGGCACGUGCAAGGAGACAUUCAACUUGUAUUAUCAGGAAACCGAUUCGGAGGUCGGCAGGAAUAUACGAGAGAACCAGUACGUGAAAAUUGACACAAUCGCAGCAGAUGAGAGCUUCACUCAGGGGGACCUGGGAGAGAGGAAGAUGAAGCUGAAUACAGAAGUGCGCAUCAUUGGGCCGCUGUCCAGACGAGGGUUUUAUCUGGCCUUCCAGGAUGUAGGGGCAUGCAUCGCUCUGGUCUCUGUCAAAGUUUAUUACAAGAAGUGCUGGUCCAUCAUUGAGAACCUGGCCACUUUCCCAGACACUGUUACGGGAUCAGAAUUCUCCUCUCUGGUCGAGGUCGAGGGCAUGUGUGUCAGUGACGCUGAGGAGGAGGCCGAUAACGCUCCCAAGAUGCACUGCAGCGCAGAGGGAGAAUGGCUGGUGCCUAUAGGGAAAUGUAUAUGCAAAGCUGGAUUUCAUCAGAAGGGCGAUGCAUGUGAACCAUGUGGCCGUGGGUUCUACAAGUCCUCGUCCCAGGACCUGCAGUGUUCGCGCUGCCCAGCACACAGCUACAAUGACCGGGAGGGCUUGUGGCGCUGCGACUGUGAGGACGGCUACUACCGGGCGCACUCAGACCCACCCUCUGUGGCCUGCACAAGACCUCCCUCGGCACCACAGAACCUGGUUUACAACAUCAACCAGACCACCGUCAGCCUGGAGUGGAGCCCGCCGGCCGACAUGGGCGGUCGCAACGACGUCACCUACAGGAUUAUGUGCCGGCGCUGCAGCUGGGAGCCCGAGGAGUGCGUGCCUUGCGGGGGGAACGUGGGAUACUCCCCCCAGCAGGCGGAAUUAGUGGACACCUACGUAAAUGUGGUGGACCUACUGGCCCACGCCAACUACACCUUUGAGGUGGAGGCCGUCAACGGGGUCUCUGACCUCAGCCGCACCCAGAGGCUUUUUGCCGCAGUCAGCGUCGCCACCAGUCAAGCAGCUCCCUCCCAAGUCAGUGAGGUCAUUAGGGAGAGAGUGCAGCAGCGAAGCGUCCAGCUCUCCUGGCAGGAGCCUGAGCAGCCCAACGGAGUCAUCACUGAAUAUGAGAUUAAGUACUAUGAAAAAGACCAGAAGGAUCGUAUCUACUCCACAGUGAAGUCCAGAUCCACAUCAGCCACAGUGAACAAUCUGAAGCCCAGCACAGCCUACGUGUUUCAAAUCCGAGCCUUCACCACGGCCGGCUACGGCACCUACGGACCCCGCCUGGAGAUCACUACCAAGGAGGAGGCCUCAGCAUCCACCAUUGUCUCCAGCGAGCAGAACCCCGUCAUCAUCAUCGCGGUGGUGGCCGUGGCGGGGACCAUCAUCCUGGUCUUCAUGGUGUUUGGCUUCAUCAUUGGGAGAAGGCACUGUGGCUACAGCAAGGCAGACCAGGAAGGAGACGAGGAGCUGUAUUUUCAAUUUAAAUUUCCAGGCACCAAAACAUACAUUGACCCUGAAACCUACGAAGACCCGAACAGGGCUGUCCAUCAAUUUGCCAAGGAGCUGGACGCGUCCUGCAUUAAGAUUGAGCGAGUUAUUGGAGCAGGAGAGUUUGGGGAGGUGUGUAGUGGACGGAUGAAGCUCCCAGGGAAACGGGACACGUCAGUGGCCAUUAAAACCUUGAAGGUGGGCUACUCUGAGAAACAGAGGAGAGACUUCCUUUGUGAGGCCAGCAUUAUGGGCCAGUUUGACCAUCCCAAUGUUGUCCAUCUGGAGGGAGUGGUGACCAGAGGAAAACCGGUGAUGAUUGUGAUUGAAUAUAUGGAAAACGGCUCAUUAGAUGCUUUCCUCAGGAAACACGAUGGUCAGUUCACAGUGAUCCAGUUAGUGGGGAUGCUGCGGGGCAUAGCAGCGGGGAUGAGAUAUCUCUCUGACAUGGGAUAUGUCCAUCGAGAUCUGGCUGCACGAAACAUCCUUGUCAACAGCAAUCUCGUAUGUAAAGUAUCUGACUUCGGCCUGUCAAGAGUGAUCGACGAUGAUCCCGAGGCUGUCUACACAACAACGGGUGGAAAGAUACCUGUUCGAUGGACAGCAAUGGAAGCCAUCCAGUAUCGUAAAUUCACUUCCGCUAGUGAUGUGUGGAGUUAUGGCAUUGUCAUGUGGGAAGUCAUGUCCUAUGGGGAACGGCCUUACUGGGACAUGUCCAAUCAAGAUGUGAUAAAGGCCAUAGAGGAGGGGUACCGCCUCCCUGCUCCCAUGGACUGCCCUCCAGGCCUGCACCAGCUAAUGCUGGACUGCUGGCAGAAAGACAGGGCUGAUCGACCCAAAUUUGAUCAAAUAGUUGGCAUCCUUGAUAAGAUGAUUCGCAAUCCCAAUACCUUAAAAACCCCUUUGGGAACAUGCACAAGACCGAUUAGUCCCCUGUUAGAUCAGAGCACACCAGACUUCACGACGUUCCGCUCGGUGGGGGAGUGGCUGGAGGCCAUCAAGAUGGAGAGAUACCAAGACAACUUCACCGCCGAAGGCUACAGCUCACUGGAAUCUGUGGCUAGGAUGUCAAUCGAGGAUGUGAUGAGCUUGGGGAUCACUUUAGUGGGACAUCAGAAGAAGAUCAUGAGCAACAUACAGACUAUGAGAGCCCAGAUGCUAAAUCUCCACGGCACGGGCAUCCAGGUGUGAUGAUAGACUACAGUGCCCCCUGUGGACAGGGGGGCAAAGAGCUAUAUAGAGCAGCGCUAGGGCAGAACUUCCCAGGAUAAUCAUAACAAAUCAUGUGACGUGACGUCGUCUCCUGUGUCUGACUCUGUUUUUCCGGAUGUUAUCGGAAUUAAAAUCAUUCCUUUGUUCCUUGGCAAAGGAUUUAACCCCUCUUUAGAACGGGUACUAAGGAGAGAUUGAGAGAAUACUCCCUGGACAUGAUGCCGCUCUGAGAAACUCAACCACAAAUAGAGAUGGAGCUUUGGAAAAGGAGUUUUAUCCAUAUUACCUUGUUCUUUUAACCUUAUGAAUUUUUGGGGGGGAGGGCACCAUGAAAAUGGAUUUCACUUAAAAAAGAAAAGAAAUCCCCGCCGAAACUUUUUUUCCCUUGCAGUGUUUAAAAAAUAUAAUUUUUAUUCUAGUUUGUUAAUUUUGUUAGUUUCAGAAGGCACAGUGAUAUGGUCUGGUACGUAAAGUAAUCUAACAUCUUUCUUUCGCGUUACAAUUUUUUCUUCCUUUUAUUUUGGACUUGACAACAGGGUAAACGUUCCCAUCAAAAGGACAGGGAGGAUGAAUAUGGUGUCUGAACAUUUUGGUGGAGAUGAUUUCGACCAGUUUGUCUUGAGACACUACUGCCUGUUUUAACUGUUUGCAGUGAGUUGUGUUUUUUCUCCCUGAUGUUUCUGAAGUGGAAAUGGCAUCCUGCACCUCAGAUCAGUGACUUCAAGGAUAGUAGUAUUCACUUGGUUUUUUCAAGCUUGUAAGAGUGGCUUGUUGUAUGAAUUUUUCUGAAGACAGAUGAUCUCAUUGUAUUUCAAAUUUGUAUGUAAGAAUUGCGAAACAGUAUGACACCAACAAGGCAAUUCGAUUUCAGAUUGAUCACAACUUUUAUAUCUAAUAUCAAGCAUCAAAUUGGCAAUGUUUAUGUUUACCACAUGAAUUAUUUGACCUUAUUGUCCAAUAUACUUUCAAUCUGAAAUGUUUUGUUGUUGAAUUAUUUAUUUGAACGUUUCCGCAGACAGCACUAUAGAAAGGUUGUAUUGAAACUUAAAGAGACUUGAUCCACCGCAAAGGGUUUGAAAUGCCUAAACAAGCAUAUUUUUUGUUGUUGCAGCAAAUGGUAUUUGUUUCCUAUUUUGGUGAAAACAGUUGUCAAGGGUGAAUCUAUGAAAGGCUGUGUAUGUUCAUUCUACAAGUAAUUGUCCCUUAAAACGAAUGUAUUCCCAUUAUUUUUCGGCACUUCUAUGGCAAGUUUUUUUGCGAUUCACUGAGACAGUCUUUUGUAGGGUUGAAUGGACAAGUUACCUUUUUUCUUUGUGGUAUCCUGUCAUCCUGAACUUGAAUAGAUCAAAUCAAGUGCAUGCACAGUGAUGGUUAACGCAGUCAGUGUAGGGUAGAAUAUUGAACAGAGCAAUAAUUAGCCCAGGUGGAAAUGGUCCUCUGAGAUAUUAAGGUGCUGGGUUUUACACAAAUAUCAGUUGUGCUGGGAAUUUUUUGGGGAAAUGUUCUGUCACCAACAGGAAAAAGGAAUAUGUAUUGACCUUUUUCCAGUUGAAGAUUACCUGGAUUAUAGGGCUGGGACGAUAGAUUGGUACAGUACAAUACCGAGUUAUCAAAUAAUGAAAUAGUAAUGCCACUUACGAAAUGGUAUACCGUGGCAUGCUAAUGACUUAAUAACAAUGUCACAGAGUAUGAGUAUGUUUGGAAUAUAUGGCUGUUACAGUGGAGUGAAAUGACAUUCAACCAGCAGAGAGUCGUACAUAUUAGUCAUGACAUCAUCUUUUCCAUUGCAGCACACUGCAUUUGCAGGCGUUCAGUUCGGUGUGAGGUACACUAACUACACUAACUAAUAUUAUCAUAAUAUAUUGAAAAUCCUAAUACUCCUUAUUAUGAUGCUCAUACUCUGAAAAUCACAUAGCGUCCCAGCCACAUGUUUAUUAAUGUGUCUCUGCUCAAACCUUUCCAGGCAAACAGGGUGAUGUAACAUGCAUAAAAGUGUUUUCUAGGCUUUUUUCCUUAACUUACCUGGCCCUUCGCAUGUUAAUCACGGCACAGAGAUUAGGAAUGGGCUCUGCAAAGAUGUGCUAAAGAGCCAACCUAAUGGUGCCAUCGCAGUCUUCUCUUUCUACAACAAAAUGAAUGUUAUCACGUUGAAUAUGUCUCCAGCACUCUGAUGGUCGAUUCACUCAUUUCUUUGUCAUUUAAAGUAAAGAAAAUAUAGGUAUUUCCAAUUGCAAUUAUAUCCAAGGCUGUCUUUAUGGACUGAUCAUAGAUUCAGAUUUUCAAAGCUGCAGCUUUUCCCAAUGGUUUAUUUAAGACGCCUUUUAAUAUGCCUGUAGAUUGAAUUGGUCUUCAGAAAACCAACCUUGAAACACUAUCAUGGACUAUGGCUGCAAGCUUAGUUUUUGUAAAGCCAUUAGUGACUUUGUCUAUUUCUUCCUAGAUUAAUUUCCAUUGUGCUCGGUCCAAAGGGACUCACACCUGUGGGGGGGUACCCAGGGAAUCAGACCAUGCCCAGCCCGCUCUGGGCCCCAUGUCACAGACAGACCCAUUCUUUAUCCAUACAGCAAAGCUCAGCAAUUGGGAACAUGCCAGCCCUUUGAAUUGAAUACCAGCGUAAAGUCAUUCAGUCAGCACAAAACUCCCCAGUUCACAGGAAGGCAAGCAGGCUCUCUCUUUCUCUCUCUCUCUCUCUCUCUCUCUCUCUCUCUCUCUCUCUCUCUCUCUCUCUCUCUCUCUCCCCUGCUCUGAUCUCCAACAGCGGGCCCCUAGGGGCCUUCACACCCCGGAGCUGGAGGCCCCCACUCCCCCUCCUCCCUCUCUCUCUGAGUCUGGGGUCCUGUAGAGACAGCAAUUUUGAGCCAAAUUGAGAUUAAGACCUGGAUACAAUCGAUCUGCCAUAUAAAUAAUCUGUAACCUUCACAGGCCUUCACAACCUUCCAUCCUCAUGGUUCCUCUCCGAUUUUACUUUGUUUCUUACCUGUUUUCUUGUUGAGGAUGUUCAAGUGAAUAUAUGGGGAUGUUGUUCUGUUUCAACAAAGCUGAAUGCAGUUUGUGUGGUGAGUUGAUUGGAUUCAGGAAUGAGAACACAUUUUAAAUACAAAGUAGAAUGGUUAUUAUUUUCAAACCUUUUGGACAAACUGUUGGAAAUUGUGGACACGCCUUUGCAAUGCAUAGGUGUUGGAUGAUUCCAAAGAGUUCAGCACUGUUGAUUGUGUCAGAAAGAUCUGAGGUCCGAGGGGAACUUUGUAUAUGUUUUAAUUGUAAAACCUGUACAUUUUUAUUUAUAUAGUUGUCUUUUUACACAUAUUACUCUGUAGUGAGCUCUGAAUACAUUGAAAAUGCACUAUAUUUUUCUAUCUCACUUGCAGAAGAUUAUUGUCACCCAGAAGAUUUCAGUUGUACAUACUUUCUCAUUUAGGACCAAAGACAGGUUUUCCAUCUAGAAAUGUAUUUUGUUUUUAUUUUCUCUUUUAGUUUAAUGUACAGUUAUAUGAAUUGUCAAUGUAUUAUUUAUUUUUUUCUGUGAUGAGAGUAUUGAGUAUUCAUCGGUCAAGAGUAUUUUCCCCAAACAGCAGAACUUUAAAAUCAUUACUUCUUAGACAAUUUCCUGUUACAUAGGACAUUUCUUUUUUGCUUUGUAACCUUUGUAAUAGACUGUACAUAUAUUUUUGGAAAUAUAAUACAAUCUCUAUAGAAAUCUUUUGUUUCUCAUUGGAUUCUUUUCCAUCAUAAAUAGCUACUAUUAUAAAGG